GCCAACAGCUCUGACUAAGGGGUCAACCCUUGAUUAAAGUGAGUGGACCCACCAACAGGACAGACAGAGGGGAAUGCAGGAUUCCUGUCUUACCCUACAAAUCCAGACUGUCUCUGCAUCGGAGGCGUUGCAGGGUGUAAGUGAAGGGAAUUAAGGCCAUGAACAGCAGCCUUUCCCAUUCAAGACGUGCAGCUGUUAUGAAAGAGUUAAAGAAUAUUGCUGAGGCAUUUCUGAAGUAAUUCAGGCUGAGCUUCAGAGAAAAGAACAAGAGACAGGUGGAACUGGGGGGGAAGGAGCCCAGGAUGCUCGUGAAGCUUUUGCUGGUCUGUAGCGCAGUAGGACUGGCACGGCUGGUGGAACACGCAGACCAUCAUGGAGAUCAUGAUGGUUCCCUGCACAGCUUAAGGGUUCAUGAGACCUCUGCCCACCCCCAGAGAACUCCUCUGCCACGCCACGAAGGUUACUGGGAGGCAGAAGGGCUCAGGGAGGAUACUCAAGAUUACCCUUCAAGUGUGAUCUCCUCACAUCAGGAAGAGAGAGGGGAUUUGGAAGCUGCGAGCCCACAGCCCCGAAAUGGGAACUGGUGUUCCUUCACGCAGUCCCGCCUGGUCACAUACAUAGAAGCCUGCAUGAAGGAGAAGUACAUUGUCAACUCCCAGCAGCCCUGCCCAAACGGAGCCCCAGACUGCCAGAAGAUCAUGUACAGGACAGCUCUGAAGCCAGUCUACCAAGUGAAACAGAAGACUCUGAAGUCUUUGCAGUGGAAAUGCUGCCCUGGAUUUACUGGCAAGGACUGUGAACAGCGUGAUCCUAAUUUUAUUCUGGUGCCAGGAACUGAAACUGAAGGACAAGAAGAAGAGUUCUCAAACCACAUGUCAACAUCAGUGGAUUCAAGAGAAAUGUUCCAAGUCAUUCAGAAUCAUGAGGCUUUACUGGAUGAUCUUCAAAGUGAUAUUCAUCAAGCAGCCAGCACCUUAGGUGACUUACAGAGACUAUUUGAGAACAACGGUACAAGCAUGGUGUUAGAAGUGAACGAGAGCAAUUCAGAUCAUCAGGAAAGACUUCUGCAGCAAGUUUUGUUUCCUCAUGUGGAGAAUUUUCUAAGGAAACAAUUUAAUCCAGUGUGGGCAAGCUUCAACAAAAGCUUACAGAACCUCUCCAACAUAGUAAGAAAUUUGUCCCAUGAUGUGGAGGCCAACAAGAAAAGCAUAGAAAGAUUCCAAGAAAGCACUGUGCCCAAGAAGGAAUUCCAGGAGCUGGGAACUAAAUUUGAAUCAAAAGUCCAAGAAAACAUAGUGAAAGUUGACCAGGCAAAAAGAGAUAUAGAGAACAAAGUGCACAUGCAGCAGGCUAAUAUUCACUAUAAUCUCAGCAUGAUCAAGGCAGAUACUGACACAAGACUCAAGAAGCUUCAUAAGGUACAGCAGUCCCAUUUCUUAGCUUUGAACAACAGCAUAGCAGAUAUGAAACAAGAGCAAAACCUUCUUGAAAAUAAAUUGGAAGCUUUGAAAAAAAAUUUAACAGAACUUUCUUUGCAUCAUGGUCCUAGAGAUGAAAACAGCCAGUUAACCAUGAAACAUAUGAAUGAAAUACUGUCAGGGCAUGCCAAGCAGCUUAAAGAACUUUACAUGGAGUCAGAUGUGGCCUUUCAGAAUAUUGCCGUUUUAGAGAGGUGGUUUAAGGAGUUAAAGAAAAACAUCUCAAAGUACAGGCCAGAAGAUCUUACAAUAACUUUAGCUGAGAAAUCAGUUGUUAUGGAAGAAAACAAUGCAGCAAUGGAAAGGCAGAUAUCAGAGCUCAACUACACUCUCUCAAACCUUCAGGAAAACUACUCAGAUCUGCUGCGGUACAUGGAGGAAUGCAAUUGCCAGAGAGUAUCUACUGACACUGAUGUACUGGAGGAAGAUGCAAGGAAUAGCACUUAUUCCCUUGAAGAUACCCAGUCAAAGGAUAUGAAGCACUUGGAGUCAGUUUUCAGAGAUUUCUUCAAGAGUGAAAUUGAAGAGCUCUCCUCAGCUAUUCCAUCCAUCCAUCUGUCUCUUAACCUCCGUCAAGAAGAGAACAGACAGCUUCAGUCACAGGUUAUGGCUUUUUCAGAAGACAUGGGCUUGCUGAAGAGCAAAGAUGAAGAAAUUCAUCGGCACAUCAAGUAUCUCAACAGCUCUUUUAGCUCUCUUUUGAAAGAUGCAAUGCGGCACGAAGAAGCAUUGGAGGCUUUACUGAGACAUGAAUUUCUGGAUGUCUUUUUUGAAGAUGAUUUUAGUAGCCUAAUACCAUCAGUAUUUCAGCUGCAAGAAUCUCUCAGACACUUUUCAGAUAAACUGCAAGAACAAAAUAUGACUUUAGAAUCUCUCAGGAGGAGAUUUCAUCCCUUGGAGAGAAGUCACCAGAAUAAUCAUGAUGCUCACUUGCCUCCUAAGCACCCUGAGGAGGAAACACAAACCUCCUCUACUCUACACGAAGUCAGCAGUCAACACAGUGUCAUAGAACACAUGGAACCUAACUAUGAGGCUGCCAAAGAUGACUCCUUGGAGAGCUCAGCUUACAAUGAUAUCAUGACUCUGAAGCAUGAUAUCAAACAUCUGAGCCUGGCAAUCAAGAGGCAUGAAUCCAGAGGUGACAUAAGUCUCUGCUGCAAUCAUACAAUAGCAAAUGUAAUUGAGCCACUCAACGUUUCUGUAGAAAUUCUCUCUGCAGAUUUAGCAACCAUCAAGCGGAAUCUGGAGGAACAUCUGGUGACUUUCAAAAAACUGUUUGGAAGUAAUGAAGAAUUAGGUGCCUCAAAUAUAAGUCUGGAUGUUACUAAGAUUCAGUCAAUGCUGCAGAAAAAAGGGAGGAGGCAACAGAAAGGUCAAGACAAGCAAAGAGACAAGAAAAGGUCUGAGAAGCACAGAGAAAAUACACAAAUAAGUGGAAGAAAUACAGGGCAGACAGAAUUUGUGGAAAAAGACUCAUUGGUGGCAUUCCAUGUGGGAUUCUCAGAAAGAAAGGAUAAAGAAAAAACUGUGAGGUUUAAUGAAACAUACCUCAAUUAUGGAAACAGCUAUUUCUCUGAACAUGGCCACUUUAAAGCACCACACAAAGGUGUCUACCUGUUCGUCAUCUCUGUGGAGUUCAGCUCAGGACCAGCACUGGGACAACUCUCCUUCAGCCGUGGGUACAAAAGAACUCUCUCAAGCAGUCAGAGGAAAACCCCACAUGGAAACACCAUGACUACAUUUGCUUUAGCAGAAAUGGAGAAGGGGGAGACAGUGUGCUUUGAAUUGCUGCAAGGCUCUGUAGUGAAGCGAAGCCCGCCUGGGACAACUAUGGGUGGAUUCCUAAUAUCUAAAACUUGAAUAGUGACAUUUAUGUUUUAUUAAUCUCCUUCCAUAGAUGCAAUGGAUGCAUUCACUAUUGCUUCAUCUGUGAUGUAUUCAAUGCUACUGCAUGUGUUUAAACAUAGCACUACCCUAGGUUUGUCUUCAUGCUUCUUUUCUGAAGUGUUUGGCUUUUGAUUAGUUGCUUAUGAGCAGCAAUGGGAUUUUCUUUCAAGUGAAAAGCUAAUGGUUUGGACUCCAGAUGUAUCAGCACACACAUUCCCAAAUCCUUCCAAUGUGAGAACUGCACAUAAAUGUUUUGUGGGACUUCACUUUUAACACAAAUUUCUCCUUCCCCAUGGCAAAAGAAUAUCCUCUCAUGACAAAUACCCCCAGUCAGUGGCAAGGAAAAGAUUUUAGGUAGGACUGCACACUCUCAUGUUAUGUGAAUGGACCUUAAAACGCAGAAGCCAGGGCAAUUUUACCUUUUAAUUCUCUGUGGACCACAGACUAUCUUGGAAACUUCUGCAACUCACUCCAAUGUUUCAGUCUGUGCACAACAGGAACACUAGAAGAAAUCCAUCAAACCCACUAAAAUUCACUCCAUUGCCAGUAUUUGCAAGCAAGGAUCUCCUAAAUGGUCCAGUCUUUGUUUCUUGGCCUGUGAGGUAUUUCAACUACAGUGCAAAAAUUUAAAGCAUUGUCAAGAUGAAUUACAUUUACAUUUAGACACUAGGAAAAUAUCGACAAUAUUUUAGAAGUAUUAGCAAAAACACAGUUUAUUUCUAAAGUUAAUCCUAGAGAUUAUCCUGAAUUCAGCCCAGAGUUCAGUAUUUAGUAAAUAUUUUAAAACCAAGCAAGCAAACCCAAAAUCAAAAGGUCAAAAGGCAAGCUCAUUGGUCUGUUGUCACUGCUGAAUAUAAAUUUGUGAUGAGAGUAAAUCAAAGAGUAGAACUUCUGAAAUGUAGAGGGUUUUUUAUUUCCAAAACUUCAAAGUGACCAUGCCUGGUCAUGUCUUAAACUUUUCUUUUGUCAAAUAAAACUUCCCAAAGACUUCCACUUUAAAGAAGUUCAAGUAUUGUGGUAUUUUUAUCUAUCCUAAUACCUUACAUAGCAAUAUUAAAACAAUUAAAUUUGCCAAAAUGAAAUGCACUUUGAAAUUACUAGUAUUUUUGAUGAACAUAUAAAUUAAUAUGCAAAUUACACCAUUUUGAGGUAGCAUUUUUUAACGAAUCUAUUCUGCUGCUAAGAAUUUUCUCCCCACCUACCUGUAUUCUAAGCAAUACUAACCUAUCAUUAAUUGUUAAAAACCCCCAAAACACCGGUACCAACACACAAUGCACUUAAAGCAACAGUCUGACAAGCAGACAAUACCUAUCUUUUGAAAUAAAGCUACAAAGCAAUGUCAGCUACUGACUUGCUGAGAAGAUAGUUUUCUCUAUCCUGAAAAAUCCAAGAAAACUAACAACAAAAAAUGCUCCUUAUCUCCUCCUGGCCAGUGCUGAUUUCCACAGGAGAUGCCCAGGCCAGGUGUUUCUGUUUUUCUAGCAGGGAGCCAUGGCUCCCACUGCUCUGCUGCAGGCAGCACUAAGUGCCUGCAAACUCAGUGUCAUUUCCUGUCCCACUUUUGCUCAAAAUAUCUGAGGGAAGAAAGAAGAAUAAAAUUGAAAGGGUGAAAAUAAAGAAAACCAUCAAAUUGUAAGAUUAGGUCCUUUCAGUACAAAGCUACCACCCUGGAGUGACUCAGAUGGGUUUUUACCAGUGUUCCUCCAAUUCCUGAUUUUUGUGGUGGCAGCAUUCUGCAGAGCCAGGCCAAGUGUGCUGCCCAUGGCAGGGUGGUUCAAGGAACACCUCAUCUUCAGUGCACACCAAUUCUGCACCCACCAGCCAAGUUCCACAAAUAAGCACCACUGGGGAAUAUGUGUAUGUUACAUAUGGGGGAUAGGGUACACAUAUGUAUUUCAGAACAUUUUGCUUUUAAACCCUUGACAGAAAGCUUCAACUGGAAUGAAAACCACUUGGAAAGGGACAAACAAGGUAGCAGAGAGCAUUGCAGUUCAUCCAGUCAGGUUUUGUGUCCUUCCUUGUGUUUACCAGAGUACCUUUGUUGAAGAAUACUCCAGAUGAGUUCAGAGAACACUGACUCCAGAGUGAACAAAGUGUUCAUUUAAAGACGUUUUUGUAUUCUAAAGGUGUCUUCAAAUACGUGCUUAAGUUAGCCAUCUGCACAUACAAAAAAGACACACUUGACUGGGAGUGCCCCAUAAUUUUUAUGGGGCAAAAAAUGAAUGAAAGAGAAUGGGAUAAAUCACUCUGCUGGCUGCUUAAACCAGGAAGACUGACUUCCUUCUCAAGCAACAAGAGAACAAUGAUUAAUCUCCUGGGCUGUGGUUUUGUUGGUUCAAAGCAAUAAACCAGCUUUAUAAUAAGCCUC